AUGCUGCUACUGCUGCUGCUUUCGAAGCAAGCGAAAGCAGCGCGGCCGCCAGCCGGACGCAGUGGGCGGCGGAGGAGGUGGGGGCAUGUUCUCUCGCUUCGGUCGCCAGCGCCGCGGCGGCCCAGCCAUGAUGGAGUCCGGUUACGGUCACGGGCCUGGUCACGGACACGGUCGUCACGGCCAUCACGGCAUAGCGAGGCCAACGCCAACACAUGGAUAUAG